UGCUUUGCACUUUGACCCGCAGGUGUUGAGAGCAACCAUGUCGAACCAGCCGGACAACGAGGAGACCAGGAAGGAGGCGGCGUUUGCCGCCGAACACCUGGCGGCCGAAUCCAUGGCGGCGGACAUGGACCCCUGGGUGGUUUUCGACGCCCGCAAGACUCCGCGGGCGGAAUUCGAGGAGUGGCUGCAGACCUACCAGCCGUCGCGCGUUUCUCGGUUCGGCGACCCAGAGCGCAACGCGGAGCCCGUGGGAUGGAUCGCCGUGUACGGCCCCAGUUUCUGUCCCGACGGCGGCGACGUGGUGGGGCUGCAGGACGACUGGGAGCGGCUGCAGAUGAGCGGGCGCCACGUCACCUUUGACACGGUCAGGGAGCUCGCCCUCAACCGGCGCGUGCUGACGGGGAAGUGGCUGAUGCACCUGGACAGUGGCUUCAAGGUGGACCACGCCUGGCGUGGGGUGGCUCAAGCGGUGCUGGACGGCCGCAUCGGCGUGGCCAAGGUCAGCCCCUGCUGCCCGGACUCGGAUCGCAAGCAGGUCAUCUGCGUCUACACAGAGGACUUCACCAACGAGGAGCAGGUGCUGGCGGCGGACGCGGUCAUCCGCUCCACGGGGGUCAAGUGCCACUUGUCCUACAAGCCCGACGUUUACACUUACCUGGGCAUCUACCGUGACAAUCGCUGGCAUCUCUGCCCGACCAUCUAUGAAAGCAGGUUUGACCUAGAAUGCAUCCCUCGGCGCUCCCGUAUCAUCAACAAAGUCACCAACACGGAGGUGACCUAAUGGGCUCUUCUGGACACGUGCCACUUCCGGUAUGGCGUGGUGCUCCUGCAGAGAAGCCUAGCUCCCAGCACGGAACACUCACUCUCCACUUUUUGUCCCUUAGAGGCCAUAUGACCUCCUCUGCGCUGGCCAAGAGGACUGUCGUUGCCAACCCCCCCGGCCACCUCGGAAGGAGGUGUUUUUUUUUUUGUUUUUUUUUUUUGAGGAUUUCUGUAUUAUUGCAGAAGAGCUUUCUUUCACAGUGCUUCACGGACAAUCUUUUCGUUUUAAAUGUCUAGCCGAGGCUCGUUCCAGAGAGCCUCUUAACAGGGCUGCUUCUCUGUCUUAGUUUUUCCUUGUGUCUUUUCCUUUUUCAUUGUGUGCCGCAAUAGCCUGUGAUGCUAAGGGAACCAGUUCUCCUGGAAUUGCUUUGAUAAGUUAUGCCCAUCUAUAGCAGAAAGGCCCCAUGUUGGCUGAUCAACGGAAGGGCUGCUCAAAGGGAACCCUUAAGUACCACAGUCGCUUCGUUUUUAACUGUCUAACCACACAGAGUUGUUCCUUUGGGAUGAAUAAUCUUUUAACCGGACUCUCUAAGGCUUGUGUGAGUUGCAAAACAUUGUUAUAGUCUUGCCCCAGUUGAAAUAAUCUGAAUUUGACUUUAUUUGCUUUUAUUGGGGGGGGCAGCAUCCCCGAAAAUCAAUUGCCGCUCCUCCUUUCUUGAUCUCUGGACUGCUAUAGGAGCAGUCACAAUCCUGAGUCUCUCUGUGUGUCAUAGUCUUGAUGGUGGGGACGCUGGCAAGCUCCUUUUAAAAAGCUGUAUUGAUUUAUAGUUGCAAACCCAAGCAGUUAAUGCUUUAGCUGUCACACUUUAUAGUUUCCCCGAGUCUCAAAACUGAGUGGCUUUUGUACAACUCCAGCAUUUGAACCUUAUAUUCCUUCUCCGUUAUUGAAUGGCUGGCUGGCUAGCUCAGUGAGCUGCUGGCCCCUGAGCCAGGGGUCGGGACCUUUGAUUCCCUACUGUGCCUUAUUGGAGAAGAGCCAGCUAGGAUGGUUUGGGCAAGCGACAUUGUCCAAGAGCCACACAUCCCCCCCCCCCGGGAAGGGAAAAGUAAACCGCUUCUACAACACCCUAGACAAGCUUCUCGGACGUCGGAAAUCCCUCUGACAGCAGAUAAUUGUACUGUUCUUCCGCCACACUUCCGUAGUGAUAAAACUAACGGGAAAAGUUAGUUCCCCAUGUUAGAAGUUCGUUAAUGAGUAACGUCAUGUUGAAUUCCUAAUGUGGCCGGCUGGGCUUUCUCCGAGUUACGGUUUGUAAAUAAAAUAACCAUCCCAAUCUCUGCAUAUUUGCAUUAUCCACUUCCGAUUUUCUACACGGUGACCCAGGGAGCGGCUUUUGCUGUCCUGUUGUGGGAAUAAAACAAUACAUGGAUUGUGGGUCGAAAGGUUCCUACCUGAGAGAUAAAAGCUGUGAGAUCUAGGAAAUGGGUGUGGGCGGCUCUCUGGAGCCCAAGGGCUGGCCGAAUAAGGCUUCCACCGCAUGGGUGGGGGUGCACUGCUGUUCUUAGCAUUGUAAAUUCCCCAGUCAUUUAAGCCCGGCUGUAGAGGUGGUGGUUGGCGAACUGAGGACUCACCCCCCCUUGGAUCAACAGCGGCAACACUUCCGUCCACCGAGCUUUAGGUAGCUUUUACGGCUCUUCUCUUUAUUCCCAGAACGAUCCUGAGUGGUAGACCAGAGCAUCCAGCUGGCCCAAGGUCACCAGUGAAUUGCAUCGUCCAAGUAGGAUUUGAACCCAGGACUUCUGAGCCUUAUUCCUAACACUAACCACUGUACCCCUACUGACUUUCAUCUUCUUCUCCAUCUUUCUAAGUUAAGUUUUCCCCCACUUUCCCAAUCUGAUCCAAAAUUUCCUCAACCGUUUUGAAGCAGCUAAAUACAUGUCUUUUACACCUA